AAGAGGUGAAGGAGGCGACCAAUGAUGUGAAGACAAACAAAAUGGGACCACUUAGACUGAGCAAAGUCAAUCGAAGGGAAAUUGACACAGCUUAUAACUUAAUGGACAAGCAAUAUAUUAAUAAGGCUAAUUCAUAA